AAGAAUUAAAAGUGAUGGCAAAAAACUCACCAACCUCCUCCUCCUCCUCUCCACACAAACACUUCAAAAUUCUUUCAAUUUCUCAUCCCAUUUUUCCCUUUAUUUAAUUCUUUUUCCUCUCUAAUUUUCAAUUCAAUUUCAGAAUUCUUCUUACCAAAUUCUUCAAAGAAAAAAAAAGAAAAAGAGAUGGGGAGUGGAGAAAGAAGCCAAGAGAGUUUCAAGGAUGUUCCGAAGGGUUGUUUGGCAAUCAAAGUUGGUCAUGAAAGUGAAGAGAAGCAAAGAUUUGUAGUGCCUGUCUUGUAUUUCAAUCACCCUUUGUUCAUUCAACUCCUUAAGGAAGCUGAGGAUGAAUAUGGAUUUGAUCAAAAGGGAACCAUCACCAUUCCUUGUCAUGUGGAACAAUUUAGGUAUGUUCAAGCCUUGAUCGAUCGAGAAACCUCGUUUCAUCAUCAUCAUCAUCACCAUCUCUACGUCCCUUGUUUUAGGGUUUGAAUCUCAUCUUUCGUCAAAAAAAAAAAAAACAAAACAAAA